AACGGCGCACCAUUUAUGGAAUUGAGGUCGGACUUGCGCGCGAAAAAUGAAAGUGACAAGCUCGCGGGCAAGCAAAGCCUGGCACUUGACAAGAGACGCGUCGAGAGACCUCGACCACGGAUAAAUGUAAAAAUGGCACGAAAGGACGAAGUCAAAAGCCUAUUUUUCAGGCUUUUCGAGAAUCCACAUGAGAACUACCAGGAUUUCGAGGAAACUCUUCGACAGGCCAUCAAUUCAAAGAAAAUCUCGACGUUAUCCACUAUUCUGGAACCCCUAAAUGAUAUCUUGAGUGGACAAAGUACAGUACCAGAAAAUGAGGCGAAAACAGCCCUGGAACAAUUCAUUGAAUUAGGCUUUGUGGAAAAGUUAUGGCAGGCGUUCAUUGCAGUUGUCGACAUACCUCCCUCUGCGGAUUCCAGAAAGACCCUUUUGGCACUGUUAGAGACAAUUAGUAUCAUCUCAGAAAGCUCUUUAGCUUAUAAAUACAAGCUGAGACCUUUCCUGCCAUACUUACUGAGAGAUGUUGUUGUUAACGACAGUCAUCAAGUGAGGUUGAGGCUUAAUGCGUUGAAAUUUUUGAACAGUUGGUUUGGAGAAAGUACAAGUGUACAGCAAGACAAGGACGAGCUGAAACAGGACAGGAAAAUACACGAAGAAACGGGGCAGCUUCUCUCCGCAUCUGGAGAUUUUGAGCUCCAAGCGUCAUUAUUGGAAUUGGUGUUUCGACUUUUGGAAGAGAGUGAAAGGAAGAAAUGUAUCUCAAAUUGGUUUGAAGAUGAGAACUUGCAAGAUGCGUUUGGCGCCAUCAAUCAGGAAGAGUUCGAAGCAGGCUGCCGGAGAUUUUUGAAUCUGUUAAACACUAGCUCCGGGGAAAGACAAAGAGUGUUCUCCUUCCCCUGUCUUAAUGUGCAAAUCGGGGAUAAACAGGUGCUACUUGCAAAGGACGAGAGCCUCUCCAGCCCAUGGGUCGACUUUAACCUUGGCAGCAAGACGAUCACGUUUUUCGUUGAAGAUGAAGAAGAGAGCCCUCAGGGAGGCGAAUCGCUAUGGGAGACUGCGACCAUCAAGCCGGAAGAUGUAUGGGACCAUCGACUUGAAAAGACCUCCCAUCGACUUCUGCUCAGAAUGAAGUUCAAGAACCCUGAAUAUCGACUGGCACCUAGCAUUCAGCCCUGUGGAAAAGAUACCCUCAACAUUGCCUUUCCCCUUUCCUGUGAUCUGAUGCUUUUUAAAAAGAUUCUGGAGCGCAUGAAUGUGGCCCCAUCCAUCGUAGACAAGGGGGAGUACACCCCGUCUCCUAAGGCGUCAGUCUGUAUUAAUACAAUACACGUGGGCAACCGACUCAGAGGCAAUAUGACGAUUGUGCCAACGCCCACAGCAAAGCCUCCGUCAGUUCUUUUGGAAGGCGACCAUGAUGAGGAACAACUUUUAGUGCCCAGCACGGAAGGCGAACAACCUUCCAGCCAGCUUAGCGAAAAAGCUUCAGAGGGUGAUGCCUUGCCAAGUGAUCCUAAAUCUAUAGACAGAAUCCCGCCGGAGAGUUCAACCAAGGAAUCGGAGAUACCAUUAGAGACCAGUCAGCCAUCGGGUCGCUCCCCAGCAGUGAAAGUGGGGAACGUGAUCUCUGACAUGCGAACGAUCGCAUCUGAUGACAACACCCCAUCGGGUAGCGACCUGAGAAGCGAAACUGAGAAAUUCCCUGAAAAAGGCCAGCCUGAGAAAUCUUCUAAACAUGAUCAGCCUGAGAAAUCCCCGAAACACGGUAGCGCAGAUAAUGACUCCGGUGAUACCUCGGGUAAAUCGCGACGUAGCAAGUACAAGACGAAAGAAAGGAAGGAUAAUAAAGGCGGCAGCUCUAAUGGGAGCGAUUCGACCUCUGGCGCUAGUUCGGGAAAAGGACGCAAGAAGCGCGCGCUCAAGUCGCCACUACCUGUAGUUGUUGUUCAGACUCGUGGGAAGGCUUCCUCUGAAGCCAAUGCUAAUGAUCAGCCACCGGAGAAGAAAGCGAAGAAAUACCCAAGUGCAUUCAACGUGGACAAAAGGAUGGAAAAAAGGCGACAACAGCCGGAGCAGUCCAGCCAAUCCUUGACUGAGAUCAAGAAGAAGGUUUUCGGUACAAAAGGGACAGCGUUCGGAAAGCGACCAUCCCCGACCACGUUGGCACCGAAGCGCGCUAUGGAUCCACGCACAGGUACUUACAAGCAGAAAGAGGUCACUUUCGUAGCUGCGCCUUCAGCGAAGCAGAGACGUCUGUCUCAGCCGGUCUUCUCCAGCACGUCUAGCUCGCCGGAUCACAACGAUCUUACUUCGCCCGGCCAUGAUGACAAUGAGAGAGAGGUGAUCCAGGAUUCACUCCCGAUUGAUAGUCCGGAGAACGAGAUCCCAGCUCGUAGAAGAUCUUCUGGCGACGCUGAGUUGUCCAGAAAAAAACACUCACAUCGCAUGACUAGCUCCGACUCGGAAAUCCUGAAGCAUAAAGCUACGGCUGCACCUAAGCCCAAGCGAUUGUUCAAAAAGACGCGAAAGGAUGGUCCAACUACUCGAAGUGCGUUUGUUAAGGAGAAAGUCGGUGUGUUUUCAGAAUCAUCAUCUUCUGGCACCGACUGGCCGGGUCUGGAAAAGACGCCUGGACCAGUGUCUGCACUUAAUCUGAUUCCAGACAAGCUACUGCCAAGCAGUCACGGGAAAACUAAACGGCGCACAAGGGGCUCUUUGGGUGGAAGGAAGAAGGGUAAAAGGACUUCAAUCAGCCCUGCACUUAAAGCCAUCAGCGAAGAAAACACUCCUGGCUCUAAAAACGGCAAGGAAGAAUCCGAAAUUGACGAGCCCUAUGUAGCAAGUGAUUCAGAUGACAGUAGCGGCCUUUCCAAGCCAGGAUCAAAUGAAGCGCCUAUCCAAGAUGAAGAUAUUCAAAAACGGUCUUCCACGAAAGCGCAGAAGAAUCGAACCCCCGAUGUCACAAAUUACAACAAAGGCUUCCAUUGUGAGCAGACUGAUAAAAUCAACGACAAUUUGGAAGGCAUCGAAAGUUACCCCCUAAGCAUAAUGGAAGGGGAAGAGGUUCAGAAAGUGAGGAAAGUAAACGAAAGGGAACAAGAUCAGCAUGCUGGGGAGACAUGUAAGCCAGUGGUAUGGCAAGGAGAGUACGACCAUGAGGAUCAGCUUUCCUCGGGAAGAGAAGAAAAAGAAGACCCACAACCCGAAAAUAAAAGUGAACAUGUCGAGCAAGAAAAUAGUGAUAGACACAAACGGAGAAGACAACCAUUACGUUGUCGGAAAAGGAAUGUUUCUAAAGCUGAUUCUGACAGUAAUAUCAUAGAAGAUUCAUAUGCCAGAGACUCCAUCAAGUCCAUUAAUACAAAGAAAAGACAGCCCUCGCCACUUGAAAAAUAUGACGGUGAAGAGGAACUUUGUUCUAGUAACGACAUAAGUGCAAGUAGUCGUAGAUCAAAGCUGAGGGCGCUUCAAGACCACAAUAAAUGCUUGUCGGUGCCUCCUCUGAACCCCAAAACAGCACAAGCCUUCACAAAAGACUUCGCAGAAAGGUGUAGAGAGAAAACUCCCGACGAAGAUGUUACCUAUGAAGAAAUAAACUCGCCUGUUUCGCCACAUCAGAAGCAGAGAAGACCAAAAGCUUUAGCUAAAGCCGGCCGUGUGCGCAAAGGGAAAUCACCUCUAGAAUUUUAUACAGAAGAGGAUCUAUCUCCUAUACAAUACCAUAACGAGGGGAAAAAUACAUCACAAAGUAGGAGUUCCACACCAGUCGAGUCGGAAAUUGAGGAAACCACCGAGAUGUUGGAGCUACGAAAGCUUUGUGAGGAUAUCACAACUCUGCCUUCGAUGACGCCCAAAACGCCAAUUGGAACUACAGACCCCUCCCGUACUUGUAACCAAGAGAGCGGACACCUUUCGCGGGCCCAGAGACAGCAACGCAGGCGCGUUACUUCCCCAAGCAGAAGCCAGUAUGAUCAAGACGAAGAUCACGAUGAGCUAAGAGAUGGGACAAAUGCGUCACACGGCUUUUGGUCAACCAUGAAAAUGAGUGAGAGACUUAGGCGUGCAAGUGAUGACACAUGUGAUGAGAUGAGAAGAUCGCGGCUGGAAGACUCCGGUAUUGGAAUGACUCCUGGGUCGGCACAAAAAAGCACAGGCCUUCAAGAAAAGCGCUCAGGGAAGAGUAAGAGUAAAAUACGCCGUACAGGGGAGCUUCAAGUAACAGCCUUCCGCAAGACACCUAUCACACCCGGGACAUCGGCCAUCAUGAAGAGAAUCGACGAAGAAUACGAGGAGGCGAGUGAAGACGACCAAGAAGAGCAAAAUACCAAAGGUGGACACAAAAAGAGAUUCUUUGAUUGGACAUCGUCAGGUCCUUCUCGUAAAGAGACCACAUUGCAUAGAGGUGACGAGGAGGAAGAUGAUGUGGAUGAAACAAUUGUAGUAGAAGCAGAACAGAAGCGAGUCAAGGCACCAAGUACGACAUCGCAUAAUCCGCAUAUCAAGCCGAGAACGUUGUUCCCAGAACGUUCCAAAGCUGUCAGUCGAGAACAGUAUGAAGAUGAGCCAGGCUAUGAAUCUGGACCAGAAGAGGAAACUGUUAGACUCGAGAUGAACAGUAUGUUCUCUGGACUUUCGGGAACCAUUGUUAAAGCAAUGCAACGUAAGCGGCAAAACAUGAAGCGUUUUUCGGAGCAGACCCUCAAAAGAGCGAUGGACACCAUCAACAGAUAUUGGGAGAGAGACCAGUGUCGUAGGGACAAGCUUGUGAAAGACUUCAGGCAUGAUUUUGAGAAUGAAAUCACAGGGCUCGAACGCGAGUUAGAGAAGAACCACAAGGCUGAAGAGCAGUUCUUGGUGAGACUUGAGAAACACGCCAAGUUACUAAGUUCUCAGAGAAUUAUCCAAGAAAACAAAAUUAAAGACCUUCAGAAGAUGUGCACUGUAUUUGAGAAGGAGAUGGUUAGAGAAUCACAGAGCCACAAGGCUCAACAGGUUUCGUUUAGAGAUGAGCUUAAAGCCAACAUCUUUGAGUUACAGAAAAGUUUUUUACUUGAGAUGCAAAAUCAAGACCGCACUAAUAUGAGACGCUCCCUCGAAACCACUUUCAAUUCACUGCUAUAAGACAACAUAAUGCCUUGUAUAUUGGCCGUUCUUUUUAUGUGUGGUUCCAAAAUGUAAAUACAUGCAAAAGAAGAUGAAGAUGAUAUGCAUCUAUUUGCAUUUGGAAUGGUACAUUUAAAGAACGGUGUCUACACCAGGCCAUUACACUGUCUUCUUCACUAAUUGAGGUACAAUGCUUGGUCAUUUACUAGAGUUUUAUGCUGGUGUGCACAUAGCACGGAACAAUUAGUCUAACAUGAAUGUCCAUGGUCUCUUUACCAUGUAACUAUUUAUCUACUUCAUCUAUUUAUACAACUGUUAGUUUAUCAACGAAACGAUUGAUAUGCUUCCAUGUACAAUUCCACUGAUUGUGUUAAUUUCACACUGGGUUGUAUUUUAAAAUAAUCGUAUUGUUUACACUCUACUUUUAAAAUAAAGUUUGAGAAAAUAACCGAUUGAAA